AUGCAGUCUGGCUACAAUCCCGAUCACAGACUAUCCAAUAUCGUAUGGUUAUGUUCGAUUGCCGCUGGUUGUGGUGUUCCAUUACGUGAUUUGCUACCUGAUCAACAGUGUAACGCUAUUGUGCACAGUUUGAUCACCGUGAUCGAUACGAAUAUGCCACAACAGAACUUGGACACUUUCGCUGUGACAGCAUCCACCGUGCUGUGCAUGGCUGCUAUUCCCGGUUGUUCAGCAAACGAUCUUCGCCAACUGGAGUUCACUUCUCACUGGUGGAACUCGGUCCCGUUGGAUUUAUCUGAAGAGCUGUUAAUGGAUGAAUCAAGCAAAGCACCUCNAGCACCUCACCGACCGUUGUAUAGUCCAGCACAAGUUUGUCCUACGCUGGGAGAUCCCACAGUGACGAAAUCACUAAUCACAGAUAUCCCGGAUUCGACUAAUCCACAACAGACUUCGUUCAUUUCUAAAUCCCACUCCUGUCAGGCGAGCUAUAGAUCCAGUUUUCCAUGGGAUGAUCCGGGCUCAAUGCAUAUUUCGACCGCAUCCAUGCCACCAACAGCGCGCACUUCGCACAGUGGUAACAAUACCGAAACUAUGCCAGUUAAAUUGGUGAACAGUUUUGCCACAAUGAUUCCGCGUUGUCGUUUACCAUUUCUUGCAUUCACCCCCACCACCGCCCCCGUUCUCCGCCCAAGAUAUUUCAAUGGUCGGGUGUUUGUGAGUUUGGCCAAUGGGCAAAUCGUCGUUUUUCAACGUCGUCCCACUUCAGUUCGUGACUCGCCCAGUUCCCUAUCUGCCUUGUCCCUAAACGGUGCGGUCACCUCGUCCAACUUGCGUGAAUCAGAUUCUCCCGGCACAUCAGUUCAAGCUCCGGAUCUGUCCUCCCUGGACCCACGUUUUGGUGUAUGGGACUUCACCGAGGCGUGUGUGAUCACUUGCGGUCAUACUCGUACACCCGUUCGACGUACCAUCAUUGUUCCACCCGCGAAUACCCUAUGGACCACGUAUCGGAACAAAAUAUUGGUGAUUAAUGCGUUGACCCUUCAACUGGUCAAUUGUAUCGAAGUGAAUUCACGUCGAGAUGCACAAAUUCAGAGCAUGUGUUGGUCCACUGACGGUGUUUGGGUUGCAGUUCGGAAAGCUCCAUCAAUUCGUCUGUACGAUGCAUUUACCCAGCAAUUGUUGCAGACUGUGGAGCUUGGUCCAAUUCUGAUGAAAUGGUUGCAAAAAUCUUCCGAUUCCUUCCAAGGCAACUUCAAUUCCACGGCAUAUCGAUCCAUGGUUAAUAUGUCUGGUAUACAAGUAAGCCGCAACCAGCAUGACGGUCCCGUCAGAUUUAUUAUAGCUGCUCGUGGUACUGGACCCCAGAAAACCUGUCACAAAGAAGCUGCGGACUCCGGUUCCCUUCAUGUACAGGAUGCAGUCCCAUCAAAUUCAGACACUUCUUCGGCAAACCCGAUGCUCGUUAUGUCCGGUGGAGAAGGUUAUCGACUGCUUAAUGUGCCACAUGCUGAAAGUGUGUAUCCCGGUUCUUCUUCAUUGUGA